AUGGAGGGAUCAACGAUGCUGAUUGAUAUCAUACAAUGUACUUACCCAGAAAAUCCACGCUCUUUUGAGUGGGGUUAUUUUGCCGCAUCACAUUUGAUGGUGACUGUAACCCGUGGUAUACAGACUUACCCAGAUAAUUCAAGGAAAAGCAGAAGACACAAAAGUUCAAAGAGGACCAACGUACCGAGUCCAAAGGAAAGAACUAAUAUUUCUGGGUUAUAUAACCUUGACCGACAUAUCGUUAGAGAAAUGAAUGGAAAGAAAGAGAUGUACUUACCCCAAAGUCUGCUCUACGAAGACCUGCUGGAAGAGAGAUUUGGAGAAGUAAGAGGAAAAUCAAUUAAGAAUGACAAAGAG